AUGUACGUUUCGAUCAUUCUGAGCCAUUCUGCGCUCACUGAUUUCUUAGCUUCCAACAACAUUUCCGCCGCUCAGAUUCAUCAAGACUACCAAAGACGGGUGAGACAAGCCGAGCGAGGGGCGGCUGCGAAUGAACCGGCAGAUGAAAUUGAGGAGGAAGAUGAAUAUGAAGACAAUGACGGCGAAACGGCCGAGCAGAGAAAGAAACGCAAGCGAAAGGAGGCAGCGACACUCGCAAAGAUCAAGCAGAGCAAGGAGUUCGCUCGCCGCAAAGCCCGCCGCACUGGGGAACCCGAUGAUGACGACGAUGUCAUUGCUAGAGAGAUGAUGUACGAAAAAUCCCGACCGAUGCCAGGCCAACUUGAGAAUUGCGAGCUGUGCAGUAAGCGUUUCACGGUCACUUCAUACAGCAAAACCGGCCCCAAUGGUGGUCUCCUCUGCGCCAAAUGUUCCAAAGAAGUAGCGGAUGAUGAAAGAAAGUCAAAAGCUAAGAAGCGAGGGUCGAGAAGCGGUCGGCGGCAGAAUCAAAGCAACUUGCUCGACGGAAUCGUGCAGCAAGGUGCUCUCAGUUUGGUCGAGAUGUGUGCAAAGAAAGUUGCUGAUAACCACAACGACAUCGAAGAAUUUGGGGACUUACCGUCACGGUUGCUUCAGCGCCUUAGCCAGAUAUUUUCCAAAAGGCGGAUUCUUACAUCAAGGACUUUGAACUUGUUCCUACGGCCUGAAUUGAAUUUCAUUGACAUUUACGAUGCGGCUAAACUCGAAACGGACGACUUUCACAAAAUAUUCGCCUUUAUGCCGGCCCUGAGUCGUGUCAAUCUCCGAUUUGCGGGCCAAAUCAAAGACAGAGUUGUUGAAUACAUGAUUGACCGAGAUCUUCAAGUCAGGCAACUGCACUUAGAUGCCGCUAACCUUGUCUCUGAUGCUUAUUGGCGGCGGCUCUUCCAGAAAUUAGGAUCACAGCUCGAAAGUUUGAAACUGUCGAAUCUCGACUUUUCCUUUGAUGACGAAACUGUGGAGACACUGUGUAAAAACUGCACAGCCCUCAAAAGACUGAAGCUCAAGCAGUGCUGGAAAAUUGGUAGCAAUUCUGUACGGGCAAUUUCAACUUUACCGACCCUUGAGCACUUGUCUCUUGAUACUGUCCAAGAGUUGGAGAUUGAACCCAUUUUACAGAUGAUGGGUACGCUUGGCCCGAAUCUGCGCACACUAUCCCUGGAGGGCUUCCGCAACGCUGAUGAUCGGCUUUUGGAUCUUAUUCAUGACAAAUGUCGGCUGCUCUCAAAACUUCGGUUUUCAGACAAUGCUCUCUGUAGCAACAGAGGCUUUGUCAACCUGUUCACAAAUUGGGCCAAUCCUCCCUUAAGAUUCGUGGAUUUGUCUUCCACGCGAGACGUGGAUAAUGCUAACCCUGAUGGUCCUGCCGAGGCAAUUGGACUCGCAUCUCAAGGGUUCACUGCGCUCAUGAACCACUCAGGCUCGGCCCUUCAGAAACUGAACAUCUCAUCGUGCCGUCACAUAUCGCGUGCUGCUUUCGAGGAUGUGUUUUCAGAAGGAAAGACAUACCCGUUCCUGCAGGAGCUGGACGUAUCUUUUCAUACGGUUAUGGAUGAUUUCCUCAUCGGUAAAAUAUUCCAAUCUUGUCCAGCGAUCAAGAAAGUUGUGGCCUUUGCAUGCUUCAAUGUGCGAGAUGUCCGGGUUCCAGUUGGCGUGGCAUUGGUUGGAGGCUUAAAGGCCCAGCAUUCCAUUGUCGUUUAG